UAAGGUUCAUUUGUAAUUUUUUUUCGAUGAUAUUUCGAAAAUUAUCACCUGAUGCGGGCCCAGAUAAAAUUUUCUUCACCGCUUGCUUAGAUUUUUUGCUAUAUUAAUAUGGGUCAGGUAAAGUAAUAAAAAUAUCGAGGCAAGAGAACAAUUUUUGACCUUUCCUAUAUGUGCGAAAAAAAUUUUUUUAUACCUUAUUACAGGAGAGUUUGAAGGCAUCUCAGCAAUUGAACAUGUUAUGGAACACAUAGCGGAUGAAUUAAAAAAAGAUCCUUUACAAGUUCGCUUCGCCAACUACCGAAUCAAUGACAACCAGCUUCCCGACUAUGUCCCUAUGUUUUUAGAGAAAUCUGAUUUUAAUAAGAGACUUGAGUACAUCAAGGAAUUCAACGCCAAAAACCGUUGGAAGAAGCGCGGUUUAAGACUAAAUAAUAUGGCUUUUGAAACGACGUAUUUCGGAAACUAUUCAGCGGUAGUUUCUGUAUAUCAUGGAGAUGGAAGCGUCGUUAUAAAUGCAGGUGGAGUCGAGAUUGGACAAGGAAUUAAUACAAAAAUAGCACAAGCAGCUGCUAACGAGUUUAAAAUACCAGUUGAAAAGGUCGCAGUGACAGCUUCUUAUGAUUUCGCGACUCCUAAUUGCUAUUCUACAGCAUCUAGUAUAACGACUGAAUGUGUUGCUUUGUGCGUCAUCAGAAGUUGUAGGCAGAUCAACGUUAGGUUAGCUCCAAUAAGGGCGGCCAUGCCGAAUGCCACUUGGGAAGAAGUGGUCAUGGUAGCUGAUGAAAGAGGGAUACUGUUACAAGCCAAUGCUGAAACGAGUCCGAAUGAUCCGCGUUUGCAAAAUUACGCGAUUUUUGGUGUAGCUGCAGCUGAAGUGGAGGUGGAUAUAUUGACGGGAACGAAAUAUAUUGUUCGCGGUGAUAUUUUUGAAGACGUUGGUCGAAGCAUUAAUCCUGCUUUAGACGUGGGUCAGGUAGAAGGAUCAUUUGUCCAAAGCCUGUCUCUAUGGCUGAUAGAGGACGUCAUCUACAACCGCCAUAAUGGCGAGAUAUACACUGAUCGUACGUGGAAUUAUCACAUAAUGGGCGCCAAGGAUAUUCCGAACGAUUUCAGGGUAUAUUUGAGUAGAAACAGGCCUAAUCCAGUGGGAAUUUUGGGGUCUAAAGGUAAACAUUUUUUUUUAGGUAAAUAUAAAUAUCAUAUCUUCAAAUUUUUAAGAAAAUAGCGUACUACCAUCUUAAAUGCCGGCAACGCACUUGUGACCCCCUCUGAUGUUGCAGCUGAUGGGCACUUGAUCUUGAUUAUGUAUUUAUUUUAUCAAAGAGAAUUGGUUGUCAUAGAGAGUAAAGUCUAAGAAAAAAACGUGCCCCUUAGUUUGACAUCCAAAACAGGUGGCGCUGCACUGCACCAUAUGUUUUUCGGUCACUGAAUUGUCAAACGUCAACUUUUGACAAUCAGAGUUACCCCAAAAUGUAUGGAGCUGUACAGCGCCAUCUCGUUUACCUGUCAAAUUCGAAGUACGAAAUUGACUUAGAGUUUACGCAUCUUACUCAUCUUACGAUUUUAUUAGUGCACGCCAUUAAGUCCC